UUUCGAUUUCGGCAAAGUGACGAUCAGCUGUUAAAACGAAACUGAGCCUGAAGCUGUAGAUGUGAUGCUGAUGUUUACUGUGAGAAGAGAGGAGCUUUUCACUGGAGCAGAUUAAAUCUGUAGAUACACGAAACGUUUGACUGUUUUUCUCCGGAUAACCUGCUCGGUGCUCCGCAGGAAGACUCUCUGAGUUUACAGAUCUUCAGGUAGUGAAGUAAAGUCUGAGCUGAUGACUGAAAGGAUCUGCAUUUUUUUCUCACGUCUCAAUCUGAGAGACUGCUCUGUCACAGGGAUGAGAGGCCUCUCCAACUUCCGUCUGUCCUGCUGCGUCAACACGUUGCUGCAGACUUUCUCUGCUACCUGGGAAAUGGGAGAGCUGCUGGACAAGUGGAAUCCAGCAGCUGGGAGAGGAGACCGUAACGUCCCUCUGCAGCUGAAGAAAGUCCUCGCCGCCAUGAAGAGCGACCACUCUCAGCCCGCUCCUCACCAAGACUUCCUCAAGUCUCUGGACAAGAACGAUGUCACACUCGGGUUGCAGCACGACGCUGACGAGGUGUUUCUCUCCAUCCUGGACUUCAUUCAGCGGCAGAUGGAUGACAAGACUCUGGCUCUAGAAAUCCAGAAUCUGUUUAAGAUCUCGGUGGAGACGUACCUGGAGUGUUCAGACUGUUCCAACGUUCAGACUCUGACCAGCUACCUGCUCAGCCUGCCGCUGCAUGUGAAGGAAGAUCACGAUUCUCUGGAAGGAUGCUUGACGUCCUUCUUUGCGCAUCAGGAGCUGAAGGGCGUAAACAGCUGCUUCUGUACACAAUGUGAAAAGAAAACUUCGUCCAAACAGGGGGUCAAACUGCUCGCUCUGCCUCGGAUCUUGUGCGUACACCUGAAAAGGUUUCGUAACCAGGGCGGCUCCACCAGGAAGCUUGGUUGCCCGGUUACCUUCCCAGAAACCUUUGACCUCUCAGAGACUCAUAAGGAGGCGUUCUCCUCCCAGUUUGCACAGAACGACUGCAGGUACACUCUGCAUGCAGUGGUGGUGCACUGUGGUCACGCAAUGUGCGGCCACUACACCGCCUACGUCCGUCACCGUGGCAACCAGCGCUGGUACUACGCAGACGACAGCCACGUAGAGCAGGCGUCCUGGGAAGAAGUGAAGGGGACAUACGGAGGACGUGAAAGAGCCACAGCCUACAUGUUAAUGUACAGAAGAGGUUCAAAGGAGGAGGUGCAACAACCAGAACUGUCCGGCUGAGGAUGAAUUAUUCCAGGGCUCACGGUGCAAUAUUGGAUCCAUAGGAACACUAUAGGAAUCUAUGGGGAAUAUCUGCAAUACAUCAUCAUUUAUUUUGUGUUUUAUUUGAUUGCACAUUGGGAGUGGUUUUAAAUAUAAUAUUUUUUCUGAGCUUACCUAUUAUGCUAUAUUACCAUAUUUUGCUUUAGUUUUUUGAAUGUGUUGUACAUGGUGAAUGGUUUUAAAUGUAAUUUUUUCCCCUGAUUUUUAAAGCAAACAAUUAAAAUCAACAACAUUGGUUGCACAUGAAAAAUGUAAAAAAAAAUUCUGAGCUUACUUUGCUUUAUUUUUUUAAAAUUUUGAUUUAUUUUUUGUUCAGAUUUUUAAGGAAUAUGAACAUUCAUUUGUACAACAUAAUUAAUUUUUUUAUGUAUAUAUUUUUAAUGGGUUUAAAUGUUAUUAGAACAUUUUUUGGAGCUCAUUCAGAUUUUUAGGUAAUAUUAACAUUUAUUUCCUUCAAGUAAUUUUAUUUUAUUUUGUUUUUAUCUUACUGCACAUUUUGUUGCACAUGGUGAAAGGUUUAAAUAUAAUAUUUUUUGUUCAGAUUUUUAAGGAAUAUGAAUUUCCUGAACAUAAUUAAUUGUAUUUUUUUUUUUUUAUUAUUUUAUUGUAAGUGGUGAAUCAUUUUAAAUGUAAUUUUUUUUCUGAGCUCAUUCAGGUUUUUAGGUAAUAUUAACAUUUAUUUGCGUCACAUAACUUUAUGGUACUUUGUUUUUAUUUGGUUGCACAUGGUGAAUGCUUUUAAAUUUAUUAUUUCUUCUAAAUUAUUAAGAUUCUAAGAACAUAAACAUAAUAUAAACUUAAUUUUCUUUACAUAAUUAACUGUAUUUUUUUAAAAUCACAAAUGGUGAAUGGUGUUGUAUUUACUGAUCUUUAUGAACUAAUUCUACAACUUUCAUUGUAAUCUUUAAUUAUAUUGCACAUGGUGAAUGUUUUGAAAUUCAAUAUUUUUUCUGCACUUCAGAUUUUCAAGGAAUAUAAUCACUUAACAUUUACAUAAGCAACAGUAUUUUUUAUUGCACAUGGUGAUUGUUUUAAAUGUAAUAUUUUUCUGAAGUCAUUGAGAUUUUUAAAGAAUAUGAACAUGUAUUUUCUUUACAAGAUUAACUGAAGUAGUUUUAAAUGUAAUAUUUUCUUCUGAGCUCAUCCAGAUUUUAAGAAAUACAAACACAUAUUUGCGCUAUAUGCUUUCCCUUUUUUUCUACAUUAUUAAAUGGUGAAUUAUUAAAUAUUUUUAAAUUUUUUUUUUUGUUAAACCUCUGAAGUCCAGGAGAUUUUGGUUCAAAUUUGUCAACUUCCUAUGCAUUAAUUUCUGUCUCUGUUUAGCAUCUUUCAGUCUGUCCUUACAUCACAUGCAUGGGUCUUUUUUCUCCACACAAACUUGGCUAUCAGUCAGAUUUUUCAUUUUAUUUUAAUUAACAAAGUAUAAAGCUGCCAGGAACCCAAAAUACAAACAAAAGACACAGGUGUCUAUGGAAAUGUACCAUUUUUUAAUUCAAUUUUUUAUUUAUUUACUAUUUAUACACACAAAACAGCUGAAAAAAAAGAUAAAUAAUGAAACUAUAGAAUAGUCUAAUGGCAUGUAAAUUAAAAAUAGUAAUAGUUUUCAUUGUAGAAAGAAAAUUCACAUUUUAAAAUGGUCUAGAAACAUAAAUGGCACACUGUAAAAGCUCCUAUAAUUGCACGUUCACUUGGCUUUCUCAGCUUGUCUUUAUAUGAUAUACACAUAAAGUUAUUACUGUAAAUAAAACAUGUUCAGUGUAUUUUUAAUAAUUAAUUGGACUCCAGAGGGUGAAUGAGCUCAUUCAGAUUUUAAGAAAUAUAAACAUCUAUUUGCUUUAUGUGCUUUUUUUCAGUAUUUAAUGCUGAAUUAUACAUUUUUAGAUUUUUUUUGUUAAUGAGCUCAUUCAGAUUGUAUUCCAGCACAGUAAUUUCCACCUGACACCAGCAGGUGGCGCUCAAGACUCAACACACCGACAGGUUUUCCACCCUCAGACCACACACACACUCUGUGAAACUGGGGGGGCUGGUUUGAGAAGAAUGCUUAGCUUAGAUGUUCACAGUUUGGGGGGAAAUACCUGCUAUUGCAGUCAGUGUUCAUUUUCCUGACACUGCUGUAAAUAUAUGAGUCACCCGUGAAGAACAAUGAAGUCAUUUUUUUCUCAUUUGUGCUGCCAAAAACAACAAUAAAAUCUCCUCCAGCAUCUUACUCUUAAAGUUUAUGUUUUG